GAAAGCCACUAACUUAAUUGCAAGUUUCGCAGCUCCCCUGGAGGAAAAGGUGAGCACGACCACAGCUUUAGUUGCUGCAUCUUUAGGGUACAACUUUGCGCAAUUUAGUGGCAGUGGUUGUGGCAUGUGGCAGCUCAGCUGAAAUUAUAUUUAAUCGGCGAACAGACCCGCAAGAAAGUGUGCGGAAAUAACAGUGAGAUCAAAUUUGAGUCAAAUUGGAGCGAUUGCAACAUCAAGAGAAUUUUAUAGAUCUAGGUUAGCUUGGCUUAUAUUGAUUUUAAGUCUAACCCACACUUUAUAAUGUAUUAAAUACCUAAGCAACCUGUUGAUAUACUUAUACGACUUUAGUAGAUGUAUCUUUCGUACUUAAGAAGUGCUAAUUGAUUAGUUGAACUCGAUUUCACCACAGGGUCUGAAUUGGUGCGCCAAACUUUCCUCCCGGGGGAAACUUUACUACCAGACCAGAAAACACACUGCAAUGGCAAACAAUGCAUCAUUUGCGCCUUGCACAAUGCAUAAAUUAAGCAGCUAAGUAAGCGUAACGAGACAGCUCCGCGCCCCCUUCUCAGGAUCCUUCGGCGUCCUUGUUCCUGCGGAUGACAGGCACAGCCACAUCCUCGUUCUCUGGCGAGACAAUGUGAACGCGAAACGCGCUCUGAUGAAUGCCUCAUAGCUGCAAAUGCAUCUGGAAUGCUGAGAACCUGUGACUGCACAGAGAAAAUGUUACAUCUUCGUAUUGGGAAAUACUUAAAAUAAAAGCAAGGAAAAACUGAUUAUAAAAGUCAUAAGAUUUCGAUUCAAAGCUAUUUAAUGCACGAUCAAGUCGUCUGGAACCCCAGUCCAGUUUUUACUUCCAAGUGAAUUAUGUUUUUGUGGUUAAAAUAUUUCUGUACACUUAUUAUAGUAACCAUCGCGAAAAACUCGAGUGCGGAAAUUCCGAACUGCAAAUACGAUGAAACCAUCAAUAUAUCACAUUUUAAACGGUUCAACGAUGUCUAUAUCUAUGAACAUUUUGAAAUUCCUGCCAAUCUGACCGGCGAGUUCGACUAUAAAGAGCUAAUGGAUGGUUCCAAAGUUCCGGAUGAAAGCAAUUUAAGAGCCUGUAUCUGCAAAGUUACGCCCUGCAUUCGAAUCUGCUGCGCACGCAAAAAUAUUUUAAGCAAUGGAGAGUGUGGUGAUGGCGUUAAGAAGGAAAUUAAACUAACCAUGUUGAACCUAACGAUGCAGGAUAUAUUGCUGACUGAUCCACCUUUGGCCGAACUAAAUAUGAUACCGCAUCAUAAUUCCACAGAACUGCUGGUUGUAAGGGAACAGUUUCAGCCAUGCGACGAGAUUGUCAGCCUAAAAAGUGAUGAGUACACGAUGCUAAAGGACGGAUCCAUACUCCUCCACACCUCCGCUGAGAUCUUGUCCAAUGAUCAAUACUGCCUUUAUCCCGAAAUCUACUCCGACUUUCCGAAAACCAUUAGGAUUAUCAAUCGAAGGUGCUACAGAAAUGUGAUGCCAGGAACACCCCAGCUUUCUGUGAUAUCAGUAGUAGGCUUCAUCCUUACUCUGGCAGUGUAUCUUUCUGUUAAGAAGCUUCGUAAUUUACCUGGAAAGUGCCUUAUGUGCUCAAUUUUUAGCAUGUUCAUGGAGUAUUUUAUCUGGACAAUUGAUCACUUCAGUUUAUUACAGAACAUUUGUUCCGCUGCAGGAUACAUGAAGUACUUCUUUUCGAUGUCAUCCUAUCUAUGGUUUUCUGUGGUAAGCUUCCAUUUGUGGGAACUUUUCACUUCUCUGAACCGCCACGAACCAAAGUAUCGAUUCCUGAUAUACAACACCUUCGUCUGGUGCACGGCUGCUAUUCCCACAGGAGUGAUUUUUUCAAUGAACCAAAUGUGGGAAAAUGAUCCAGAGAAAUUGGGAUGGUUGCCUUUGGUCGGUUACUUUGGGUGCUCGGUUAAAGACUGGAAAUCGUCUUCAUGGUUCUACAGUCAUAUACCGAUAGUAAUCCUAAACAGCUUUAAUGUGAUCAUGUUCGUCCUAACAGCCAUUUACAUUUGGAAAGUAAAGAAGGAAGUCAAGAGUUUUGCCCAACAUGACGAAAGAACUACGACCUGUCUAGAAUUUGAUAUUCAGACUUACAUACAGUUUGUGCGACUUUUUCUGAUUAUGGGCGCAAGUUGGCUACUUGACCAACUUACGCGAUUGGCUGAGGAUUCUCACCUUUUGCUGGACACUAUAGUUCUGAAUUUAACAGUCUACUUAAAUGCCACCUUUGGAAUAAUCAUAUUUGUUUUGCUUAUACUGAAGGGCAGCACACUUAAAAUGAUAAUGGAAAGCAUUCGAGGAACACGAUUUAUGUCAUGUCUGCAAAGUAACCAAUAAAUAAAUCAACCAAGCAAUGCAUAAUUUUUCAAUUAGUCCAUCAUGUGUGUUUGUAAACGUUUAUAUUUGUCAAAACAUUCAAAUUUUUAACUAUAUAUAUUAUAUACUAUAAAAAUCCGCGCAUAUGAAAAUAUUGGUCCAUUGUAGAAUGUAGUGAUUCUAUAAAUCCUUCGUGCCGUCGGGAAAAAAAAUGCGACAUCCGAAAUCUGUGGCAGAGCCAUUUGUCUUAUCGCUAUCUAAGCAACUCCUAUGACUGCGACUUUGCCAGCCACUCAAUUUGCAUAAUUUUGUGUUAAUUGAAAAAGUUUUGUUGGUGGCCAACGAAUUUAUUGCCCGGCAGCUGGGGCG